AAACGUGCAGAGAAACAGGUGAGGAGAAGCAGCGAGAGAGAAGGGGCCAGGGUAUAAAAAGGGCCCACAAGUGACCAGCUCAAGGAUCCCAAGGCCCAACUCCGCAAACCACUCAGGGUCUUGUGGACAGCUCACCUAGCUGCAAUGGCUGCAGGUUUCUCCCCAGGCUCCCAGACGUCCCUGCUCCUGGCUUUUGGCCUGCUCUGCCUGCCCUGGCUUCAAGAGGGCAGUGCCUUCCCAACCAUUCCCUUAUCCAGGCUUUUUGACAAUGCUAUGCUCCGCGCCCAUCGCCUGCACCAGCUGGCAUUUGACACCUACCAGGAGUUUGAAGAAGCCUAUAUCCUGAAGGAGCAGAAGUAUUCAUUCCUGCAGAACCCCCAGACCUCCCUCUGCUUCUCAGAGUCUAUUCCGACACCUUCCAACAGGGUGAAAACGCAGCAGAAAUCCAACCUAGAGCUGCUCCGCAUCUCUGUGCUGCUCAUCCAGUCAUGGCUGGAGCCCGUGUGGUUCCUCAGGAGUGUCUUCGCCAACAGCCUGGUGUAUGGCGCCUCAGACAGCAAUGUCUAUCACCACCUAAAGGACCUAGAGGAAGGCAUCCAAACGCUGAUGUGGAGGCUGGAAGAUGGCAGCCCCCAGACUGGGCAGAUCUUCAAGCAGACCUACAGCAAGUUUGACACAAAAUCGCACAACGAUGACGCACUGCUCAAGAACUACGGGCUGCUCUACUGCUUCAGGAAGGACAUGGACAAGGUCGAGACAUUCCUGCGCAUCGUGCAGUGCCGCUCUGUGAAAGGCAGCUGUGGCUUCUAGCUGCCCUGGUGGCAUCCCUGUGACCCCUCCCCAGUGCCUCUCCUGGUCCUGGAAGUUGCCACUCCAGUGCUCACCAGCCUUGUCCUAAUAAAAUUAAGUUGCAUCA